CAGCGCUCCUUGCUUACAUUACUCAGUGACACCAAUGCAUGUAGACCCUCGAGCCAGAGUUGUCCGCGUUCUAGUAAGACUGCCGCGGGGCUCAGAUGUACAGACCGCAGCUUGAGGUCACGCAAGAUAGUCCAAGAUACAGAGGCGGUGUCGACGUAUGUGAGCGCGAAGAUUGAUAACCUAUCGCGUGUGCUGUCAAUCCGCCACAGAGUGAUAUGA